UUUAAUCUAAUUAUGUAAAUCUAUGAUAAAUAACUAUAGUAUAAAUAAGUAAAAAAAAAUAUUAAUUGACAAAUAACAUUUGGUGUUUCUUUAUGUAUAACUCGGUCAAAAAAAUUCUAAUAAAAUGUCAAACAAAUUAGUAAGUGUAAAAGACUAUGAAAUAUAUGCAGUGAAAACAUUACCAAAAACAGUUCUCGGUUACUACACAAGUGGAGCAUGUGAAGAAUACACACUUUCACAAAAUAAGCAGGCAUUUAAUAGAUUACGAAUUAUCCCCCGUAUGUUACGUAAUGUCUGUAACCGCGACUACAGUGUCACCGUUUUAGGCAAUCGAGUAAGAAUACCAAUUGGUAUAUCUCCAUGUGCCAUGCAUAAAAUGGCUCAUGAGGACGGAGAAUGUGCAUCUGCCAAAGCUGCUGGAAAACAUGGAGCAAUAUUUAUACAUGCAACAUUAUCUACUUGUAGUAUAGAAGAGGUGGCACGUGCAGCACCUGAUACUAUUAAAUGGUUUCAACUGUACAUUUACAAAGAUAAGGAAAUGACAAAGACAUUGAUAAGGAGAGCUGAAAGAGCUGGAUAUAAGGCUCUAGUAUUAACAGUUGAUGCUCCAGUAUUUGGCAUUAGGUACAUAGACAUCAAAAAUAAUUUUAGCUUACCAAGUCAUUUAAGACUUGGUAAUUUCACAGAAGAAAAAUCUGUUAUAUCAAAAAGUGAUGGUUCUGGUUUAACAAACUAUGUUACUAGUUUAUUUGAAGAAAAACUUGUGUGGGAGGAUGUUAAAUGGCUUAAAAGUAUAACAAAUCUACCAAUAGUUGUAAAAGGAAUUUUAAGUGUAGCCGAUGCUAAAAUAGCUGCUGAUAUUGGAUGCCAUGCAGUUUUUGUUUCAAAUCAUGGUGGUAGACAGCUAGAUACUGCACCUGCUUCUAUUGAAGCUUUACCAAGUAUAGUUAAAGAAGUUGGGCAUAGAAUUGAUGUCUAUCUUGAUUGUGGUAUAAGACAUGGCACUGAUGUUUUCAAAGCAUUAGCACUUGGAGCUAAAAUGGUAUUUUUGGCCCAACCUAUUUUAUGGGGCUUAACAUAUGACGGUCAAAAAGGGGUUGAAGAUGUAUUGGAAAUUAUUAUAAAUGAAUUUGAUAACACAAUGGCAUUAACAGGUUGUAGGACAUUGGCUGAUAUUGAAAAGGAUAUGGUUGUUCAUGAAUCUAUUUAUUCAAAACUUUAGUACGCUAAAUCAAUUUUUCCAACACUUAAUUAUUUUUAUUUCUGAAAUAUUAUUUUAUACUUUUAUUAUAAUAAUUAAAAAUGAUAUUAUAAUACUAGAAAAAUAAUUUGUUUUUGUGCGAU